AUGGCGUCCAUAGGUCGAAUCGCUGCUUCCGCCCUCACGGGCUCCUUUGAGCAAACUGUCGCCCUGGCCAACUUGAAUUUUGAUUUCACCUUAAUCAAGGUCGAUGCUCCCCAUGAAUUCGCCGGUGUGGGCUCACAACUUUCAUCCAAUAGACGCAAUGAUGCCGAGACGGGUUCCUCGCACGUAUUAGCUCGGAAACUUGGCGCCUUAUUUCGAGAUAUAAUCCCCCCGACACCAGAGCUUGUGAAGGCGUACGGCACACGGGCAUCCGCCAUUUUUGACACUACCACCGCUCACACGAAAGAAAGCCCAAUGUAUGGCGUAUUUGCCACCACGGUUGGGGCCGAUGGAAAAUCAAUGUGGGCUGCGGCCACAUCUGGAAAGCACGCAAUAGCCUGUCAUCUACUUGCAUGUCUGCUUGCCAGGAUGUGGGAUGCUCCUGAGGCCACAUCAUACUGGAUGGAGCUGAUCACAAGACGGAAACAAAAGGUCACUUCUGAGAGCGAGUACAUUGGUGAUCCAGCAUUGAUGGUGGCCUCCCAGGAGAGCUUUCAGAGGCAGCAUCUUGCAGACUGGGAUGCGAGUGCUCGUGCAUGGCUACGUAUUGCCGAUUCGGCAAUGGCACGCAAGCAAACGCAACUUCACCUCAUUAUGGAUAACAUUAGCUUGCCAGUCAAUUAUAAGGCGGAUACCUACGAAAGCAUCAUUGAGGCUUGGAAACUCUCGCUUCAGCAGAUGGAGAGACUUCUAACCGGAUAUCCGCAAGAGGCUCGGGAUGGGGCCAUUCUUCUCGGCCUGUGUGCAUGGCAUCUUUAUCCAGAUAUGAUUGUUCUAGGCUCGGAAGAAAAGGAAGUCAAGCAGAACGACUCAUUGUUUCAGGGACGAGGCAUUCUGACGGUCGGUCUUGUUGGAGAUAGCGCUCCUGGCCAUGAGGGUAUUUACUGGUCACUGCCUUUGCGUCAUUUGCGACAUUAUGGGCUCCCAGUAACCAGGAAGCGAUUGCUGAACACUGGCGAGGGUACACGAAUAAGCAUCGAUCAGCUUUGUACCGUACUCACCGCGGCAUACCUUCGGGAAUGGGACGAUAGAACUCUGCCGACAGACUCAGUUGUCGCUUUCUUUGCAGAGAUAUCCCGUCAUAUUAAUGUCGAAUUCGAGAGUAUGUUGCCUGAACCAACAAACGGUAAGGCUGUCAGCAAAGAUAAAAUGUGGCUUGACGUUCUCGCUGAACGCGCGAGAGCAUAUGUGAGCGCUACGGGCCCGGAGAAAAAUGUUCUCCAGAAACUAUGGAAGAUGGGUCAAGCCCAUAGUCCUAUGUUUCGCAACACGGAGCCAUUUUCCAACCUUUUCACCGUGUCUAGCUUCCUACGCACCGCAAGAGACAUGGAGAAGAAGAUCGAAUUCUUACGAGAAAUCGCAAGAUCCUCUGGCGCCACACGAAGCUCUGAUUUUCUGAUUCGUUAUCAGUAUCGUUACCAGCCGACAGUAUUUGAACUGUUCGAGUACGCAACAGCCUAUCCACAAAUUAAACGAAUGCUCACUGGAGAAGAGAAGCAAGGCCACGGGCGUUGGAUACAUUUUCCCGAUGCCGAGGUUGAGGAAGAGCACAACGAAGAUGAAGAAAUGUCGUCAUACUUUGACGAUAGCUUUCUGACUGUUGAGAAUCCUUGGGCUGAACAUUUUGCCGCGACUCCAUCCAAGGACACCAAGAAGAAAGAGGAAAGGAAAACAUCCUCCUCAACUAAGAAUACCAUGAAAGACACCUUUCAUGAGGCGCUCCAAGACCGAAAGAGACAGAUCCUCCUUAUGGGCGAGAGUAUAGAAUCCAAGUCAAUUUUUGUGGCCACCGAGAAUGAAUUCAGUGCAGAAGUACUUACCGAAAGCUUGCAUUCCUCCAAUGUCACAGUUUAUGUCUCGGUGAUCGGUGAUAAAACUUGUCAGCUUUUACGGCGAUUUGAAAAGCUCGUUCGGCAUCAAGAUAAUGACACUUUUAAGCAAGAGGUCGACUAUGAGGCCGGAAUCUUCGAAUCAAAAUUCAAACUGACAACCAAACUAAAGCAACGAAUGUUCAACCCCAACAAUGUUUCAUUCCGAGGUUGUGCCAAAAUCUUCGUUGAUGAACUUGCAUUGGGCGGCAAGGACCUUUUUGUCCUUCGCGGAAUCGCUGCUAUGGCUAACCUCUAUGAAGGACUAAAUGGGGCCACGAUCGACGUGAGGUCAGUGAAGUUCGACUUGGGCCGAGCUGGAUGGGUUGGCCAGGCAGUGAGUCGUGGAGAACGAUAUAGGGUCCACUUGAGCCGGGUGCUUGCACCUACUUACCUACACUAUGCGGCGAGUUUUGCAUGCAUUGCCAUGCUGGAAACCGGUAGCUUCAAUUUGAAUCCCAGUGAACUAGGCAGUGUUAUGGCGUUGUCUGUGGCUGAUUCCCUGUAUGUGGCUUCUUGUCUGCUUCGGGAUCCAUCAGAAUCUUCACCUAGGUUCUACAUCCAACGGCUCAUAGGGAAUGUUGGCCGUGCCGGUCUAGCAUUUCUCAUACCACCCGUCGAACCGAUGAUCAAGGAUUACGAUGCGGUCAAUGAAUGGCAGUUCCUUGAAUAUGCUGAGUUUGAUGGACGCCUCCAGAACAAUUUCUCCUCCACAUCACUACAAUUAUCCUUUACAGAGGCCAUUUUCCCGAUCAAUAUUGGAUAUUCUGGAGGGGUUGACAUCGAAGCAUUCUUUCUGGAAACAUUAGUCUCUGUUUAUGAUUCCGGUCAUUGGAUUGCAGACAUUGAUGUUUUGAAAGCCCUCGAGAGCACAUCUGUAUCUCGUAUACAUCCCUGCGCAGAUGUCAAGAGCGAGAGUAGUAUCCCCAGAUUCACAUCUGUGGAUAACUUUGUAGAAAUGCUCUGUGAGCAUGAGAACAUUUGUAUUGUGCGAGCGUGGAAAAACUGGCAAGCGCGCCUAGCAACAGCCUCUAUCUGUUUCGCAAAAGGCUACGAAGUUGUCGUGAUGAAUGAGCCAGUGUGCUGGCGGUGUAUACAGAUCAAAGUGGACAGGGCCCAAGGCGAUGAACCUUCGAAGAGAGUAGUUGUUAUCAGUUAG